AUGACUACACUCAUCGUGCUUCUCUCUCUGUUCACUGCAGCUUUAUCCUUUGCAGCUGAAAUACCUAGGCAGACCAAUGAUCCUUGUGCAAAAAUUGGGGGGCAGAAAUGGGUUUCCCCCGAGGACUUGAGAGCUUGUUAUACUUCAUUUGCAGUCGAUCCUGUCAUCAAGGAAAACAUUGUCGACGUAAUAAACAAAACUCUUGCCUUUCAUACGUCCGUUAAUUACGAGAUAUCAGCACCAGAGCCGUUCACCGAAUUCGUUCACGAGGAUUUACUGAAAGACCUUGCACGGAUCAGCACUCAAUCGUACCCUUCAGACUACGACCUUCACCUGGAUCUUUCGCGGACGUUGAAAAGGCUCAAUGACGGUCAUUGCGUAUGGAUAAAUUCUUGCUAUGUGGCUCUAUUUCUGAAUUUCCUGCCGAUACCACUAGCGCUCCUGACUGACUCUACUGGCGCACAAAAUGUCCAUAUCGCUCCCGAAGCAUUUGCAGCCGCAUCCGCGGAGUUUCCUGACGAGAUCACCGUUUGGCAAGAUGCUCUGCCCCCGGCUAUCCAACUACAGUCUCUGGACGGCGCUAAAGUCUUGUCUAUAGAAGGCCAAGAUUCUUUUGUGGCUGUUGACACAAAUGCGCUCAUCACAGGAAGUUUCCAACCUCUAGGAACACGCCAAAACUCCUUUUUCUCGAGUUAUCAAUUUGGCGACAAUGGCUGGACAUACAUAAUGGGUGACUUUGCACAGCAGUCGUUGCCUCUCAAUGAUUCCGUCAAUUUGGUCGUGCAACGAGUGAACGAGAGUACUACUGAUGCUAUCCAAUUACCUUACCGCGCGCGAAUCAACCCUGAUACUGUCAAAUUCACUGAUUCUGCGUCAUAUCGCGCCAACAACUGCCUUGCGAUUCUUGGAACCAACGGUGUCGAUCUAAAUGAAACAGGCGAUUCUGCUGCACCUCUCAGCGAAACUGUCAUGAGGUUUCAACAACAGCCGCCUACUUCGAAGACCUUCACCAAGGAGCGUGUCAACGUGAUGCUCGAUACCAUACCGCUUUCUGACGUGGCUCUUCCUCCGAGUCUAAUUCCGAGCGUUCCUGUGGUCAGUGGUGGUUUUGGCUCUGGGCAAUUUUAUAUGUUGCCGGAUAAUAUCACGGGCAUAUUUGCCCUCGGCUCGUUUGGGGGCGACACGAUUGACGCGAUGAUGAGUGGAAUGUUAGAGGGUUUGGUUAACCUCAAAAGUCUAGGCGCAACCCAACUCAUUGUUGACGUUUCAAAUAAUGGGGGCGGGUUCAUUUGCGCAGCCGAGUUCCUUCAUCGCAUCAUCGUUGGUCCCAAAAAUACGACUGUUCCUCAAGCUGGGUUGGAUACGAAAGCGCGAGACGGCCCGCUGGCUCGUUUGAUUGUCCAGCAAAUCAUCCAAAGUAAUGUUGACCCCGAUCAGGACCUUCUAUACAAUCCUCUCAACUGGGACAAUGCAAGCAAUGUCGGAUUUGCAGCAGACGAUGACUGGCUAUUACCUCCUGUCAAUCUCACGAUAAACGGGCACGCAGACGCAUUUUCGCAGCGACUCGGUCAAGAAUGUCAACCAAACGGUUUCACUUCAACCCCCCCAGAUGAAGCUCUCUUCUCUGCAUCGAAUGUAGUCAUCGUUUCGAAUGGCAGAUGUGCCAGUUCCUGCUCUCUUUUCAGUAUUACCAUGGCAAAAGAAGAAGGCGUGAAAACUGUGGUUAUCGGAGGGAAGAGUGACGUUCAGCAGGCAUACUGUGGGACUGUCGGUGGUCAGUCGACGGUAUUUUCUGAACUAGAUACUGAGGUCAAGACCGCGAAAUUGAAGAAUAAUACUUUGGCUCCGCCCGAUCUGCUGGUGAAUGGAGUGCAAGGGGUAACUUGGCGAUUAGGCUUCGGUAUAAAAGACCCCACACAGCCUGAAGAGUGGCAACCUCACCUAGCAACGCUCAACCUUUUACUCACCCCUAACCUUGUGAACAAUCCUGUGGCGAUUUGGACAAAUAUUACCGAGCAAUUGCUCACAGGCAAAAGUUGA